CGAUGAGAAGAUCUUCAUGCGGCCUACCGGUCAGAAGCAGAAGUGGUCUCCCGUAGAAUACGGUUGUGAAACCAGUGUCUGCAUCUCCUUCAUAAAGAUGGUUAUAAUCUUCGGAAAGGGCCGGCGUACCUGCCGAGAUGAAAUGCCGCGACACGACGACACGGGCGCUUCUGUUACACGACGUUGUCCAGCAGAGGUGCUGGAACAACGAGGCAAUGCUAAUGACAUCCACCCGAGUAGUGCAACUACAACUACAAGUUCGAGGGAGAAUCUGAUAAAGCAGGAAAGUCGGGAAGGUAACGCUCCGCUUGCAGGAGCAUUGAUAACGCUGCACAACUCCAUGAAGAUGAUCAUACCCGGUAGUGGAGGUACUACAGCCAGAGCGUUUAGGACGUCAGGAGCCAACAUCAAGAAAAGCACCACAUCAAAGAAUAAGUCGGCCCAACUACAAGUAGAACGCAAGGAAACUACUACUGCAAGGAACGCCACGGGUGCGACGUCCGCAUUUUCAUCGUGCAGAAAUGCAAGAUUAUCGACUUAUUUUCGACUUGCGACACGGAAUUCUAAACGAGCUUUUUCACCAUGGAACGGCUUCAGGUCGUCAACAUCGUCUCCCGCAAUGAAGAACCACAUCGGUGCUCCUGCGCGGCAACACUACUUCCUCCUGUGGAUUUGUGGGCUGGUACUGUUGGUGCAGCACCUUGCCGGAAUGAUUUUGCUGUCGCGUGUGUGCGAGCAGGAGCAACAGGUAGAAAUAAAUCUCUCUCCUCCACAACAACUACAACGCACCGGCUCGAGGACAUCGCAUGAUCUACUCCGGGAAGAUGAUGAUGAUGAAAACACCACAAUGUGGUUCAUUUUUGUCCGGGCGGUACGACAAGACCCGCCUAACAUCAAUCAUCAGAGCGUUGUCGAGGCCGGUGGGGGCGUCCUCGUCGCGGAGGAGCAAAGCGCAGCAGCAGAAGGAGAGGAAUCUUCACCCGCUUUUUAUGACCAGAUCGCGGAAGAUCAGAGGUUCUCACCAGUGUCAACAACAUCGCCGUCUGUUUAUUCGGUUAACACCUUGACGCACGAGGUCGACGAGACAGAUCAAGAUGUGCUCGUGGGCGGAGGUGGGGAAAAAAUUACAGUACUCGCCAGCAGCAGCAGUGUUCUGCAGGAAGAGAGAACCUCCAAACCGGAGUCAACAACAUCUCCACAAUACGAACAGCAAAAAUGUCUGGGUCUGGAAGGAUAUAACCUGUCAUGCUAAUUCUGGAUACUUAGUGCAAAAAUCUGUGUUGCGUGAUUACCAAAAGCUGCCUACUUGUUUUGACCAAGUUGAGAGGCAAUUUCUCAUGCAGGCGAGGCAUGAUAGAGGUCGCGCAGAAUCUGUCAUGCUAGAUCAUGCAUGACAGACCUCAUGCGUCUUGGAAAACCUGCAUGACAAGUCUUGCAACCCUUCAGACCCAAACAUUUUUGCAAUUCAUACACAACUACAUGAAGAGGACGAAGUUCAUCUUCUGUCGCCCAGCGGGACGAGAACUGAUGCAACGAAGAACUUGGAAAAGGUCCACGAAGAUGACCUCGGAUCUUCAACUGCUGCUGGCGCAGGAGCCCAGAAUGCGACAGUAGUGCAGAUCAUCUCGCCCCUCUUCCAGAAUGGUGUCACGUCCAUGCUACAGCUGAUAGAGGAAGGUCCAGUCUUCUUCCCAGGGGCUGCGGAGGGAAAAUCUAUCCUGGAAUUGAUGCAGCAGCCACCGGGUACCACAAAGAACAAGCAAAAGCGUACAAAUACUCCCAAAAAAAGUCACCGGAAUAGUAAAAGAGAAGAGAAGAAACGGGCGCAGCAUCAUCAUCACCAUCAUCAUCAUCAUCAUAAAUCGCAAACAGAAGGAGCAUCUACAUCUGGGACAGCGAUGGAGACAAGUACAAAGGACACAAGCCAGUCCCCCGAACAAAAACCGGAGGGAGACAUCAAAGCGGACCAGCAGGGGGGAAGGGAGAGCGGAGAAGAAGUGUAUCUUAGACAAAAACGUCCCCGCGUUAUAGUCAAAAUAAGGAAUCUGCUAGUACACACAUUGACUCAACACAAGAUUUGGCAGCUGUCGCGCAUGACAAGUUUUGGCACGUAGUGUAGUUGUCCUGUUUAGCUCUGGCGCAGCCGCAUGACAAAUCGACUACUUUAUGCCGUCGAUUCCAGCAUGACAACCUCUCCAAUAGCAUGAAAAAAUGGUCCUCGUGGGGGUGCGCAUGAGAAACGUUUCAGGCUUGCAGAUUUGCAUGACAAGUCUCCGCAGGUGGGGACGUUUUAUUUUGCACAGGAUAAAGCGAACAAAGACAAACCGGAGGAGAACGGCGCGGACAACGUUCACCAUGACGGGCACGCUGAAUCCUUUGUACCAAAUGUAAAAAUGUCUGGGUCUGGAAGAAUUCAUGUUUGUCAUGCUUGUCUGGCAUGACUCUUAAAUCUGUCAUGCACGUUUCCCAAGAGCUCCGCUUUUCUGUGGUGCAGCGGCGCAGUUUGUCAUGCAGAAUAGGCAACACCUAGGAGCUCAGAAACUUGUCAUGCUGAGCCAGCAUUUGUAGCCUCAUCAUGAGACGCCACCCAGCAUCACAAGUUCCCAGACCCAGACAUUUUUACAUUUGAUCCUUUGCGGUCACGUACGAAAAGCUGCAGAAAGGGUGCUUAUUGAGAGGAAAAAUCCCCCCUCCCCAUAUUGAAAGAGUUUGUUUCCAAAGAUUUGUGUUGCGGAUUUGAGGUCACAAAUCACAUCUGUCUUGCAAGAAGACAAGGGCAGAAGCUUCCGCCCCAUUAUGGAGGCGGUUUGUCAUGCUGUUGGGCCUAAAGGGUGGCCGUUUGCCAUGCUGAACUACUAGACCCAUACGCCCCUACCUAGCCUGGGGAUCUGGCCGCAGUGCCUCUCUGCAAUACAAAGCUGAUUUGUGGUCACGAAUCUGCAUCACAAAUUUCCGUUUUGAUAUGGGGAGGGGGGAUUUUUCAUUUUGAUAGUGCUACACGAUAAACGAUGACGUAGGACGCCUCUCUCGAGCCCGGGAAAUGAUCGCGACCGCACGCGUAUGCAUUGCAAAUAUGAUGUCUGGGUGUCUGAAAAAUUGGAACUUGUUUUGCAUGUUUUGCAUGGCUGACAAAUCUGCAUUGCACAGCCAGCAAAGGCGCCACUUUUUCGUCAUGCAAAAACUCAGUUUGUCAUGCGUGCUAUGCAUCAGACUGCGUCACGUAAAAAACCCGUCGUGUUUAUUGGCUGCGCCUGCACUUCAGAGCGCCAGACUUAUCCAUGCUUUAGCAUCAGAAGUUUCCUCCAAAGGACCCAGAUCGAUGUUUGCACUGCAUAACGCGUGCGAGUGUCCGCGGCGAGCGACUGCGAGGAAGGCAAGGAUUGUAUGGAGGGAAUGGGUGAAAAUCUUACGUGCAAUUGGGUGUUUGACAACAUUGCGUGGACCAAUCACCACAAUUGGGAGAAGUGUGCGAAGCUGUCCGAUCGGGUUUCGCACGAGAUCGGGUGCGAGCCCGUGCCCGCCGGAAAAGGCGCCAUUACCCGGCCGGGGUUCAUCCGUCUGCCCGUGCACGCGCUGAACUUCGGGGGACUGGUGCGGGACCUGAUGAAGCCGCUCCUGGCGAUAUUACAGUUAAAGAUGCCCCCACCCCCACAGUUGCAAAAAUUUGUGAUGCGAAGUUCCCAAAGGUAAACUUUUUGUCAUGCGUGAAAGGAGUAUGAAUCUUUCUGAUGCAGCAGGGUCUAGGCGUAUAUCGCAACGCUUGCAUGACGAGCGCCGCUCGUGCUGGGAUCUUUUGCAAUGCAAAUUUUUGCUAUUCGCGAUUGGAAAUCGAUGCAAGAGGGCGAAUGUUUCUUUUGGAAAGGUUUGCAAUACAAAUGCUCCCGAGUUCGGGAAAGGGGGCAUUUUUGAUUGUAAUAGGCGAGAAUGGGCGCGGCGAUGUCCGAGGGCAGCAGCAGCAGCGCUUCCUCCUUCGUGGCAGUCACGCAGGGAGAGCAGAUGCAGCAGGGCGAGAAAAAAUUUGUCGGGUGGGUGACCGAAAAGUGGCGCAACGCGACCAGUUCGGUGGGCUUUUCGUGGUAUCCCUCCUCGAUCUGGAGAGCGGCGGCCGAGUUUUUUUCAAGACAAACGAAGCGAGUGCUGCACCCCAUCGAGCACAUCAAAGACGAAAUGGGCAACUUUUUCAACCAGCGCAUCCCGCCGUUAAUUUCAGCGUUGCUGUCUUCCCAUCUGGUGAUGUUCAUUGACAUGUUGGACGUGGACGGCAGCGGCGAAGUGUGCCCGAACGAGAUCAGUCAGAUAUCAAAACGAAAAAUCCCCCCUCCCCAUAUCAAAAAGGAAAUUUGUGAUGCUGAUUUGUGACCACAAAUCUACUUGUAUUGCUAGAAGGCCAAAAGACGCGGCUGUUCCUUCGUUUGCAGGAAAUUUGUCAUGCUGUUUCCCCCUUUCCAGUUGCUUCCUGUCAUGCUGAAGACGCAAAGUUUUCCCACGCCAGCCAGCACUAAAAUCUGGAUCUCUUCCCUUCUAGCAUGACAACGUGAUUGGUGAUCACAAAUCAUGCUAUACAAAUCUCCCUUUGAGUAUGGGGUGGGGGGAUUUUUCAUUGUAAUAUCAGAAGGUCCUGGAAGAGUUCGAGGCCCGCGUGAUCGACCCGCUGGUGGAGGCGUUCGGGGUACCAAAUGUAAAAAUGUCUGGGUCUGGAAGAGUGCCAUUUUUAGCAUGCAUAUUUUGCAUGACACAUUAUGCCUGUAAUGCAUGGCCUAGCAUCAGAGAUCUUGAGAGGGCUUUCUGGUGCGUAUUCCGCAUGAGAAAUGCCCUCUCGCCGUGGCAAAAACUGGGCCUCUUUUGCUGUUCAUGCAAUACAGAUUUUUGUAACAUCCAAAUGCAGCAUCACAAGUUGCAUUCUUCCAGACCCAGACAUUUUUGCAUUUGAUACGGGGCCGUGAAACUGGGGCCGCUUCCCGUCGGCGAACUAGUGGCGUCCCCCCUGCGUCGCUUGUGGAACGUGGCCGCGAGCCAGUUUGCGGUGUUCUUGGACACCCGCCUGGGCUACGUGUUGAACGAAGUCUCGCGCACGCUCGUCUUCUCCCUGGAUCAUGCCAAAAAAACUGGGACGAGCGCGGUGGCAGAACUGGAAGCGGGCACAACGGAUAUCAUGCAGCUUAUGGAUGUGUCAGGAUCGAAAUCGUCAGAGUUGAAAUAGUUUGUCAUGCAUAAUAUGCAACGCAGAAAUUGCCUCUCUUGCAGAGGACGCAAGGGAGGCAGAUUGUAGUACUGGUUAGGGUCGAGAAUUGGGCUGCUGAUUAGCAUCACAGAGGGGAGCCCCUUUGCCCUAAACAGCAUGACAAAUAAUUGGCCUCCCGUACGGACAAAAUUUGUCAUGCACCGACUACAAACUGUAGGUCUAAGUGGUAUCCGUUGUAUGCAUCACAAAUCAUUUCAACUUUGACGAUUUCAAUCCUGACAGUUCCAUAGAGCUCGUGCUCUUCGAGCUGCUUUUCCCGGACGCGGUGCACGGCAAGGAGGACGGGGGGAAGGCCGCGCUGGGACGGUUUCGCGAUGGAACGCAGAAAAUGUGGUGCAUGACCACGCCGGCCGCGCUCAUAGACAGAGCAAAGGACCUGGCUGCGAGCGCCAAGAAGAUUCUGCGCACGCCGCUCAGCGAGCGGAAACUGGUGAAAAAGAUGGAUCCGCGGGUGUACGAAAAGAUGGCUAAGAUGGAGAGCACCGAGCUGUACGCGGUGAUGAUGCGAGUGAGAACGGUGCUGCGCCGCGCGAUUGCCAACCCGAAACUGCUCACCGAGCUGCAGGAACUCGUGAAGGCGUCCUUUCACCGGGAGCAGGAGAAGGUCAAGGAGAGGGACAAAGCGGUCACGGUGCUGCAAAUCGGCGACGAAGUGGUAGCGGGAAAUAUGUUGAUGAAAGCAGGUACGAACGCUGCUGCUCUCUUUAAUACUGGUCGUACUACAGGGGAGCAGCAGGUGGGGGUGAACCUCGGUGGCUGGUGGACGAGCAGCACACCAGCAGCAGAGGAGGAGCCAGAAGGCGAAGAACAUGCUGUUGGUUUAUCGACGCUGGAGCUGUUUGAAGAUGCGACAGCACCCGCUGCGCCGGGUGUUGUGCCGGAAUUUGUCACGGCCUAUGACAAGCUGAAGCAAUCCUGUUACAGUGUGGACGACGACGAUCGGGUGGGGCGCGUGAAGCAGCUCCUGGCCACGGCGGAAGCGGCGCACUCGAUCAAGGAGGGCAUGCAAAAGGGCGAGGGGGGUGAGAUGAAGCAGUGCGAGUGGGUGUUCGACAACGAAGCGUGGACAGUGGGGGAUAACUUUGACGAGUGCGCAGAGUUGUCGGAACAGAUCUCGGAAGCGCUCGGCUGCCCCCGACUGGCAGCGAAAGCGGAAAUUAUCGCAAACUCUGGCUUCAUCCGCAUGCCGGUGCUGGAGCUGAAUUUCGCAGGUCUUGUCAACGACGUGCUGACGCCACUGUACAUAUCCCAUAGAAAAAAGCAGGCAGGUCAUGUUUGUCAUGCAAAAUAGAUACGCAGAAAAAAUUUUUCUGCGUAUCUAUUUUUUCAUAAAUCUGGGGCUACUACAUAAAUCUGGGGCCGCCCAUGACAGAUUUUUCAAAAAUCUGUCAUGGGCGGCCCCGUAGCGUUCUGUCUAGGAUGCGCAAUACAGAUGUUUUAUUUUUGCAUUACAAAUGAUAUGACCUACCUGCUUUUUUCGGUGGGAUAGUACAAGUCGGUGAAAAAGAAGAUUUACCAGGGCGCGGGGGAGCUGCUGAAGGUGGCGGAAACGUUUUUUGUGCGCAACGUCCCGCGCCUCGUGUCCGCACUUAUGUCCUCGCACCUGGCGCUCUUCAUCAGUCUGCUGGACGCGGACGAGAGCGGGGAGGUCUGCCCUAACGUAUCAACUGCAAAUAUGUCUGGGUCUGGAAGAACGCCAGACUUGUCAUGCAGGUUUUCCAUGACCCAUGAGGUCUGGUAUGUAGGACCUAGCGUGACAGCUUUUGAGAUAGUUCUAUGAUGCCUAUUCUGCAUGAGAAACUGUGUCUCGAUUAGGUCACACGUGGACAGCUUUUGGUAAUCAUGCAACACAGAUUUUUACAUGAUUCAGAUUUAGCAUGACAACUUCCAACCUCCGAGACCCAGACAUAUUUGCAAUGCAUACAACGAGGUGAGCGACAAGAUCAUCGAGGAGUUCGAGAAGCGUGUUAUCCUGUGUGAAAACGUCCCCAUCCCAUAGUAAAGAUAGGAAAGGUGCUGGACAAAUCCGCCAGCUUAGGGUGUUGCGCAUGACAAGUCUGGGCUCGGAAUGUGCAACUAGUCGCAUUUAGCUAGUGCAGCAGCAUCACAAAUUUAGUGUCCCAUGCUGAUCAUAGCAUUACGGCACUACGUAAAAAAUGCCUCUCAUGGGGCUCCGCAUGAGAAACAUUUUCAGCAUGCAAAUUUGCAUAUACAACUAUGGGUUGGGGGGGUUUUAAACAGGACGCGCGUGAUCACCCCCCUCCUGGCGUUGUUUUCCGGGAUCAGCCUGGGGGGGAUCGCUAUCGGCGAGCUCGUUGUGGCGCCCCUGCGGUCCUUUUGGAAAGUCGCCGCCUCGGAUAUUACAAUGAAAAAUGCCCUCGCCCCAGAGCCAGAACUUGGGAGCAUUUGUGUUGCAAGCCUUUAUUCCAAUGGAAACACUCGCCGUCUAUUGCAUGUAUCAGCAUCACAGAUUUUCAAUUGUGAAUUAUUGAAAAAAUCUGUAUUGCAAAAGAUCCCAGCUGGAAGAGCGGCGCUAUCAUGCAAGCGAUGCUGUAUCCUCCUACGACUAGACUCUGCAUUAGAAAGAUUCACAGUCUUUUCAUGCAAGACAAAAAGUUUUGAUUUGGAAGCUUCGCAUCACAAAUUAUUGCGGUGAGGUGCCCUUACAGGUUGUGUAGUGGUUUCGGUCAGUUUAGUAUCACAAAUUAUUGCAACUUUCUGGGUGGGGGCGUUUUUCACUGUGAUAUCGGAGUUUGGCGUGUUUUUGGACAUCCGGCUGGCGGACCUGAUGAACGAUGUGGCGUACGCGAUUCUGGUCUCGUACAAUCCUAUGCACAGCGUGCAGCUGAAGCUGCAGGAUCGUGGGCAACUGAAUCUCCACUUGCCGACGAAAAUGGACGCGGAUAGUCGUGCCGUGCGGUUGGUUAUCCAGAGAAAAAAGUGUUACAGUUACACAUUGUAUUGCAAGACCGGCAACACAGACAACCUUUCUCAUGCAGGAAAUCCUUAGGAGCCUCGUUUCCUUCCUGUUUAGCCUUAUGAUCUUCGCAUUACAAGUUUUCUCUGACACACAGAGAAAAUUUGUGAUGCAGAAACUCCAACAAAUGUGUAACUGUAUACACUUUUUUCUCGUGAUAUUGGUGCUCCUGGAACUUUUGUUCCCGGAUCACAUUCGCGGCAAAGAUUCCGACGCGCGCAUGAAGGUGCUGAAGAGCUUUGAGGAUCCGAGGAAAGGGACGAAAAUGUGGUGUAUGCCGACACCGACGGCGAUCGCCCAAAGUGGGAAGAAAUUGAUAGAGGACGUCAAGUAUCAUUCUGCAAAAUGUAUAUAGUGUAAUAUCGUAGCAAGCAUGUAUAGUACAAAUGUAAUUGUAAGAAAGUACAGCAUGACAUUACAGCAUUACAAAUUUUUCGGUGUCUCGUAGAUGCAUUGAUUUCAACGACGAUAAAAUCCAUUUUGCGGUGCAUAUCAAGGAGAAACUGGAGCACCCGGAAGAAAUUACCGACGUGGAAAGAAAAUUUCAGGAGAAGCUGCAAUUCGUGCCCAAUUACCUCUUCAAAGUGCUUGGCCAAGUGACCGCAACGAUCCGGGAAAAGGUCGCCAGUGCGGAAAACCGCGCUCAUAUCCUGAGCAAAAGCGUCGCCAUCCGACAGUUGAGAUGGCGACAUUGGUACAGAAAGCAGCAAGCUUUGGCUGUUGUUGCGCAUGACAAGCUUGGGUUCGUAGAAGUGUACUUAGUCCUGUUUAUUAGCUAUUGGAUCCGACUGAGAAAUCGACUACCUUAUCCUUAUUCCAGAACGACUACAAAUCCCUAAUCAGCAUUACAACAUGCUCCUCAACAUGGUGUUCUUGCGCAUGAGAAACAUGGUAGGCGUGCUACUUUGCAUGACAUCGAUCUCUGCUGCUCUGGGGUCGACGUGGGGACGUUUUUGCUCUUGAUCGCGGAGCUGAAGUGGAUGCUGCGGAAUGCGCUGAGCGCGGCAAACCCUAACAUGGGGAAGAGCACGGAUGAGGAUUGAGUUGGACCUGAUGAUAUAUUCAAAAAAUGUCGUGGUCGAAUGCAAGGAAAUGUGCCGAUGAAAACACACGACGAGUCGCAAUUUAUAGAAAUUUGGUGAUUAUGGCGGAUUUCUAAUUUUCAAGCGUAAAAGUAAAACGAAAAUUCCGACGAAGUCUUCGAGGCUGUUAGUUUAUCUAGAUAGCUCGUCCACGACUGACAACGCAGUAGUCUUGAUUAGGAGAGACUUCUGAGCUUAUAGUAUCACACUAAAUCGUAAUCGACAAUGAUCGAGGUGAUAUCAAGGAUGUGAAUCUGAUUAUAUGUUUCAUCCGCCAAAAUAGAAAUUGUCAGGAAAGAAAACCAGAAAGAUCGACGAGUCAACAUCUUCCAUCCCCCCCAUCUCGUUUUAUUUCCGUGUGGAAAAAUUAUGCCG